AUGGCCCAAAAUAUUAAUCCACAUUACGCGUCUUCAUCAAAUCCCGCCAAACAGAAUGAGGACACGAUAAAAUUGAAAGACAAUCAUGCAGUGAGCAAACGAUUGCAGAAGGAGCUCAUGGAGUUAAUGCGAUGUGCAGACAAAGGGAUCUCGGCGUUUCCAGAGAGUGAAAACUUAUUUAAAUGGAUAGGCACUAUAAAUGGACCACAAGACACUGUUUAUGCUGGCCACAAGUACAAGCUCUCAUUGGAAUUCCCCAAUUCAUAUCCAUAUGCACCACCUGUAGUCAAAUUCCUCACACCUUGUUUUCAUCCCAAUGUAGAUACUUGUGGAUUAAUAUGCCUAGAUAUUUUAAAAGAUAAGUGGACUGCCCUGUAUGAUGUUCGUACAGUGCUGCUCUCAAUCCAAAGCCUCCUGGCAGAACCAAAUACACAGAGUCCGUUAAAUCAGCAAGCAUCAUAUCUGUGGCAGAACCAGGUCGCCUAUAAAAAGUACCUAGAUGAAUUUUACAAUAAGCACAAAGAUUCA